AGCCGCCUGCAUUUAAACGCGGCUGCGCGGCGGUUCGGUCCAGACCCAGCAUGGCUCCGUUGGACCGAACCGCGCAGCAGAACAAACCCUUCAAGCAGCGCAAGAGCUUCGCUACCAGAAAGAUGGAGGUGGCGGGGAUCCGGUCCAAAUUCCCGAACAAGAUCCCGGUGAUCAUCGAGCGAUACGAGAAGGAGAAAUUCCUUCCGCCUCUGGACAAAACCAAGUUCCUGGUUCCGCACGAACUCACCAUGACCCAGUUCGUCACCAUCAUCAGGAGCCGGAUGGCGCUGUUGCCCAGCCAGGCCUUCUACCUGCUGGUGGACGGCAGCGGCCUGGCCAGCCUGUCGCUCACCAUGGCUCAGGUGUACAAGGAGCACCAGGACGACGACGGCUUCCUCUACAUGACCUACGCCUCCCAGGAGAUGUUCGGACUUUGACUGGACCGCAGCUCCGCUGGGCUGAACCUGCUGUACAUAGAAAAUAUUUUUAUAGAUGUUGAUGGUGUUUUAAUGAUCUAAUAAAUGUUGACUCUGGCUGCAAA